CAUGGCCUCAGACGAAAUUAAAGCAACGUUAUGUUUUUUAGACAAAACCAAAUUAAUUAAGCAGGGAGCGGAGGCGCGUGUUUAUCGCGGCACAUUUCUGGGGAAGCCAACUAUAAUCAAAGAGCGAUUCCCGAAGCGUUAUCGGCACCCUACUUUGGAUGAGAAACUUACACACCGCAGAACUACGCAGGAGGUGCGGUCAAUUCUGCGUUGCCGCAAGGCAGGUAUCAGUGCUCCAGUUGUUUAUUUUGUUGACUACACCACCCAUUGCAUUUUCCUGGAAGACCUCGUCAGUGCAAUAACUGUGAGAGACCAUAUCAGGUCCAUUCAAGAAUCCAAACAGACCAUAGAAUGUCUCCACAUGUUAGCUGACAAGAUGGGAGAGGUCUUGGCUAAGAUGCAUGAUGAAGACGUGAUACACGGUGACCUCACCACAUCCAACAUGUUGUUGAGGGAAGGUGACGGAGCCGGAGACACCGACCCGGUUCUGAUUGAUUUUGGGCUGAGUUAUAUUUCUGGCCUACCUGAGGAUAAGGGUGUAGACCUUUAUGUGCUGGAGAAAGCCUUUCUGAGCACUCACCCCAACACAGAAGCCCUGUUUGACAGACUGUUAAAGAGCUACAUGGCCUCAUCCAAAAAAUCUCCAGCCGUCAUCAAGAAACUGGACGAAGUCCGAUUAAGAGGAAGGAAAAGGUCAAUGGUUGGUUGAAACAGAACAAGCUCUUUUUUUCUCUUGAACAAGCUGUUACUUU